ACAGACAGCAGUUCCAAAAUCACAUCUGAAAACGGUUGAUAUUCAAUUUGAAGACAAACCUGGUGCCGCUUAUCAACCAAGCAAUAUCGAUAGGAAUAAUACAAAAAUGGGUUCACAAAAUGGUAUUGGUGAAGUGAUUGAUGUGAAGAUUAAUUUGAAUAACGACGAUGGAAAUGAUACAAGAAAGCAUUUCGGUUUUACAGUUACUGGUGGUAAAGAUAAAAAUGCUCCAGUGAAAAUUGAUGCAGUUAUUGUAGGAACACCUGCCGAUCAAGCUGGAUUACAGGUUUCUUAUCGUCUGAUUUUUUAA